AUGUCUGCACUAUCUUGCGUCCCCGCCACGUUUGGGAAUGUCUCAUUGUUCGGGGCGGAGAUCCUUUCUCUACAGACAAACCUUGUCACCAAUUACACCAUCUCUGUCCCUUCUUCUGUUCGCUUCACGCAGCCGUCAAUUGAAGUGCAGAACGCGAGCUUUUGCAACAUCACGGUAACCUACACGCACCCGGGUCAAGGUGAUAUCAUCACCUUCGAAUCUUGGCUUCCCACAGAGGGAUGGAAUGGGCGUCUCCAGGCUGUCGGAGGUGGGGGUUGGGUUGCGGGUCGAAGCGACCCCUUUUUUAGCGCCAUGGGCGGAGCAGUAGGAGACGGUUAUGCGACGAUUACAACUGACGCUGGGCUGGGAAACUCUUUGGACGCAAGUUCUUGGGCACUCCUCAGUCCCGGGAAUGUCAACCUCUACAACUUGCAGAACCUUGCGUCUGUGUCUCUCGAUGACGGCGCAGUCAUUGGAAAGUCUCUCAUCCAGUCUUACUACGGUCGCGAGCCAGACUACUCCUAUUGGAAUGGCUGCUCCCAGGGUGGCCGGCAAGGACUCAUGCUGGCGCAACGCUAUCCAACACAGUAUGAUGGCAUUGCCGCGGGUGCUCCAGGCAUUCAAUGGACCGAUUUCUUUCCCAGCAUGCUGUGGCCUCAGCAAUUCAUGGACAUAAUAGGGCAGUACCCUCAUGCUUGCGAACUCACGGCCAUAACGGCGGCCGCAGUCUCUGCGUGUGAUGAUCUAGACGGUGUGAAAGACGGUAUCAUUGAAGAAGUCGAUGCUUGUCUAGAUGCCUUCAAUCCAUUCGAUAUAGUGGGUCGAGACAUCAACUGUACGGGGGCACCUACAAUUAGUUAUGCUGCAGCAGCUGUCGUCAACGCUACAUGGCAGGGAAUGCGUGAUUCUCAGGGCGUGCAGCUGUGGCCUGGACUGAACCCUGAUACCGACCUGACUGUCGGCGUCGCGGCAACAAUUUGUACUACAGAGCCCUGCAGAGGAGUCCCUUUGUCCAUCGCUACGCAAUGGCUUUCGCUAUUUGUCGCAAGGGAUCCAGACAUUGACCUUUCCAACCUCAGCCAUGUCGAGUUCGACUGGCUGGCACACCAGGGGCGGCAAAGGUACAACUCAAUUAUUGGCACUGAUGACCCUGAUCUCUCUGCUUUCCGCGAUGCAGGAGGCAAGCUCAUUACCUUUCACGGCCUUGUUGACGAGCUUCUUCCUCCGAAGGGAAGCAUUAAGUACUACAACACAGUCUCUGAUCUCAUUCCGGGAGUUCACGACUUCUAUCGCCACUUCGAGGUACCCGGCAUGGGCCAUUGCUCUGGAGGGAGAAGCGGAGAGCCAAUUAGUCUGUUUGAUCAACUACGCGCGUGGGUAGAGAACGGCACAGCACCAGACCACACACCAUUCAAAGUCACGAUCUCAGGAGGAGACGUACAGGACCGCAUCUUAUGUCCAUACCCACAGAAGGCUGUUGUUGAUCCAACCUGUGAUAGGACGCUAGGAACACAAUGCUGGUCAUGUGGAGGCAAUUUGUAG